GCUGAUACGUAGAACGCGUAGGAGACGGUCAAAGAAUGAAAAAUAUGUAUUUUAACCCAGUUUAUUAUUGCAAGAGAAUUAAAAUAAAAUGGAAGUAAUGUAAAACGACUUGACAAGGAUGCCAGUAGAUAUAAACAGAUUGACUGAAGGGUGGCUGGAACUGGAAAGUGACCCCGGAUUGUUUACACUACUUUUGGAAGACUUUGGAGUAAAAGGAGUACAAGUUGAGGAGAUUUAUGAUUUGCAGAAAUCGCUCGAAGGACCUGUAUAUGGUUUUAUAUUUUUGUUUCGAUGGAUUGAAGAACGUCGUUCACGGAGAAAAAUUGUUGAUGAGAUAGACAGCUUUGUCAAGGAUGAAGAAGUUGUCAACAACAUUUUCUUUGCGCAACAGAUGGUGCCCAACAGCUGUGCGACACACGCCCUCCUGUCGGUGCUGCUCAAUUGCCCUGACAUCCACCUGGGCGCCACACUGAGCCGUCUCAAGGCACAUACCUCGGGAAUGUGCCCCGAGAACAAGGGUUGGGCCAUCGGCAACACUCCGGAGCUGGCCAAGGCGCACAACUCGCACGCAAUGCCGCAGGCCAAGAGACGCCUCGACAAGUCGUCGUCGUCCGGUGGCGUCAGCACGGGUCGCUACACUGGCGAAGCCUUCCACUUUGUCAGCUACGUCCCCAUCCACGGCAAGCUGUUCGAGCUGGACGGCCUCAAGCCGUUCCCCAUGGACCACGGCCCGUGGGGAGAAAAGGAAGACUGGACAGAGAAAUUCCGACGUGUGAUCACGGACAGGCUGGGCAUCACGGCGGGAGAACCGUACCACGACAUCCGCUUCAACCUGAUGGCGGUCGUCCCCGACCGGAGGAUUGCACUCACCCGCAAGAUCAAGAUGCUCAAGACCAACAGGCAAAUUGUGCUGGAAGCCUUGCAGCAGCUGGUGAAGCUGACACAGUCCGAGCAGCACCGACACAGGCAGCAGCGGGAGGAGGAAGGAGACGAGAAGCCAUCGGCAUCGGCAGUCGCGGAGGACGAGGAGCGCGACGACACGCCGGGUGGCGACGGAACUGACGGUGAUGCGGAGGCAGACGGAUUGUCGCCGGCACGCGACAGUGAGCAGUCUGGAGGCACCGACUGCAGCUCCCUGGAGGCUCCGGAGGGCGGCCUGGAGAAGGCCUCUGCCUCCGCCUCCCCCCAGCAGCGGCGGCAGCAGCGCCAGCAGCAGCUGUGCCCACUCGACUACUCGACGCCGCUCACCAUCCAGAUCUCACCGGCACCCAGCAGCUCCAGCACCGACACCUCGUCUGAGGUUGGCUCUGCCUUCAACUCUCCCACACAAGGGUGGAGCUGGAACUCCGGACAGAACAGCCCGACAUCUGCAAAGGACUUCAAGAAGUUUGUCGUCAUACGUGUGGGCGGGCCCAGCUCCGGAUCAUCCGAAGAGAAGAUGGACUCUCCCACAGGUAGCCGCGUCUCGCUGGUAGGUCCCGGUACAAAGCGUCCGUCGGGCGGUGGUGAUGCUGCUAUGCCGCCUGGCAAGAAGCUCUGCCCUGAAACUCCCGCUUCCUCGACCACUUCGCCCUCGUCUGCGUCGUCGACGCCUGCAGCUUCACCCUCCCCUGGCCACUUCCCAGCUGGGUGCGGAGAGGUGCAGUCUGGGCCGGCUGACGGCGUGUCAGUAGGGAACGUUUCUGCAAUUACCGCUACUGCUGUGGAGCACGAGAAAAAGGUGGAUUUGAAGAUGUGCAGCAAAUAUCCGGAGCUCUUCGAACCACAUAAAUUUGCACCGAAGGAUCUUCUUGCAUUACUUAAGAACUUGGAAAAUGAAAUUGGAGUGUGUGAGCUAAGUCUUCAAGAGGAAAAUGAUAAACGCAACAAGUACAAGGUGGACGACUGCCGGCGGACGCACAACUAUGAUGAGUUCAUCUGCACGUUCCUGUCGAUGCUGGCACAGCAGGGGCAGCUGGCGGACCUUGUGCUCCAGCACCAGGUGCAGCAGCACAAGAAGUCGCCGGCCCCCGCCCGCACGCUCCAGAGGCCGCCCAAGAAGGUGGAGGCGACCACACCACCAACACCACCAGCCGCACGGCCGUCGCCAACUCGCCGCCGACGGGGGCGCGCCAAGUACCGCCGGCGCAAGUGAGUGGCGGGUGGCGGCAGGAUCGUGCUCGCAGCUGGAGGCAGCGAGUGGGCGACCCGCAGCUCGGCGGAGUCACUACUCCGGUGCUGACGCCGUGGGAGUGCUCUGCGGGACGCAUCCUACGUGACCGCCCACAUUGUCAUGCCUGUCUGUCGACUCUGUCUCGUGCAAUUCGAUAAAUCUGUAUAGGCACAUAAUGUAAAAUUAAGUUUGUUGUUUUGUGUCAUUUGUAUCAAUUUUCUUGAUGUACGGCUGACCUUAAUGCUUUAUUUUGUACUAGUUUACUUUAAAUUUGUGGAAGACUGCGUAUUUAUUUGAGCAUCUGUAAGUGGUCUGUUGUUAAUUUCUGUGUGAAUGCACCAGUUGGUGAUAGUUUGCAGUAGCGUGUAUCUUAGAUGAUUAUCGAAUUCUCACAUUUACAAAAUGUGCUCCUUUGAUGAUAUAUACUUUUGUUGUAAGUGACAGAAUAUGGGGAAGAGUGACUGAAGUGAAAUAAAGGAGGGGGAAGGGAGGCAAUAUUUUCCGGCAUACUUGAGCAUUUGGCAUCACUAACUGCAUUAGUAUCAGUCAUUAACUAUCGUUGCCAGAGUGUACCGCUGGUUUGGGUUUUGUCAGUGACUUCAUUAGUUUUUUAAAAGUUGAGAUCUCAUUUUUGAGUAACUAACAGUUUUGUGUGGCUUCUCUGUGCAGUCCUGCAUUACAGCUUCACAUAUCAAUUUAGCUACCAAAUUUAGUCCACUGUGAAAUUAUUGUUGCCACAGAAUUGACAGUUAUUUGUGAACUUGGAACAAACAGAAAUGGAAUGCUAUAUUUAAUCAUUCCCUUCCAUUCCACCAGAGAGAGUGAGGUGUCACAGUGUUUACGGCCUUCUUCUUAACCCCCCCCCCCAGGUGGGAGGAUGCCAUCUGCUGGGUUUCAUACGGAUACGGUUCCCUAUAAUCACUCGAGACAGAUGUCUGGCCAAUCCUCGCCCCGCCCCCCCCCCCCCCCCCCACCAUCUUCUAUCUGAAUGUGGGUUCCGCGUCUACUGACCUCACUUUGAGGAGGAGGACGACGCUAAAUUCUCACUGUCCCACAUGUGCCCUUAACUCAUGGUUGUACCUGGCAGAUGCUGCCAGCGUAAAAAGUUCUCACAUUUUUCAAUGGUAGCUGUGUAGCAACUUGAAACAUAAAGAUGUAUACGAACAUGAAUUGGUAUGACUGUACAGAGACUUACCCUGUGCCCAACCCAGGCAGUACUCACAUAGUAACUACAAGUUUCUGGUAAGUAGCCAACUGAGAGUUUCUCUGUUAGUAAAUUAAGCUCUAUAGCCAUUACCUCCUUAGCGUACACCACCAUUUUAAAUGUUGUAUUAUCGGCAGUUUCAUUACUUUGCAUCCUGUAAUAAAUGCUGUAGUUGUGCGCACUCAGACAAUAGCAAAAUUACAUGUACGUUUAUAAACUGACUUUAGUCUAAUUACAGCAGGAAAUAAGGCAUUUGUGAAUAGAGAGAGAUCUGUCAAAUCCUAGAACAAUAUUAGAUGUGCUACCUUCGUGUGUAAAUGCAGUUUUUUAGUUACAGAUCACAGAAGCCAAGAAUUUAGGAAAUCUCACAGACACACAGUACUGAAAUGUUUGAUACAGUUUGAAGCUCUGAUAAUGUUAGUUUUGAGCAACUCAUUCAGAACAUCACGUUAGCGGUGUAUUAAUUUAUACUUGUUAGCACUCAAGUCCCUGUUGUUACUGGAAGCGGCUGAGCUGGAUCUUAAACUAAUUGCUUUUAUAUAAGAUUUAAGAGUAUUUAACAUCAUUCCAGUGUUGUAGAGCUAAGUUUCAUGCUGAUGAUUGUUUAUUUUUAUUGUCUGUUGAUCGUAAAAUAAAGAAUUUUAUAACAAA